AUAAAAACAGUCUAAAAACAGUGUUUUGUUUAGUUAUCUUAAAUUUUUAUCAGAAAUAAAUUAAACGGCUAGUUAAAAACCGAAUCAAAAAUGCAGCGAGAAGAGAAACAAUUGGACAUGCUGCUGGAGGCCGUACUCAACCGGCUUAACGACCUAAAACACUCCAUCGGAGCAAUGUUGCACCGGCUUGAAACGGAAUAUGAAACCAUCAGUUGGCCGACAUUCCUGGACAAUUUCGCCCUCAUUUCCAGCCAUCUAACCGGACUGACCAAGAUCCUAUCAUCCGAAAUCGGUGCUCCCCUACGCAAUCUCACCGUUCUUCCGCUGCUGCUAACCCCGGAACGGGAUGAAGCUCUACUACAGCUGACCGAAGGUCGCAUCCCAGUAUUCUCGCACGAUCUCGUCCCGGACUAUCUCCGCACGAAACCGGACCCCGGUGCCGAGUCCCGUAUGGCAGCCCACGAAGCGAAAGCGAACAACCUACUGACGGAAACGGCCAUGAAACAGGUUGCCCAGUACACCAAAGUCAUCUCGCACGUUUGGGACAUUGUCAGCAAGGCGAAGGAAGAAUGGGACACGGAAGCUUCAUCCCGACCCGGCAUUCAGCAGACCAGUUCGAUGGCGGACACACAGGCACUGGUGGCGGCGGUCGGGCUGGGAAACGGGCUAACUCUUCCCGUUGGACCAGGUGGGGUACCCGGUUCGGGUAUUAUGAUUCCACCGGUGAUUCGGCAGGCUUCGCCUAUGAGUGCCGUGUCACCGUCCGGUGCGGGUCCGCUUGGGAAGAUGCCGUCUGGGAUUAAGACUAACAUCAAAGCCGCUAACCAGGUGCACCCUUAUCGAUAAAAGAUCAAAUAAACGGCGGUUUGAGGUGAUAAUUUAUACAAA